AUGCGCCUCUCAUGGACUGUCGCUGCUUUGGCUAUGCUGGGCCUUGCCAGCGGUGCUCAGGCAGCAACAUUGAUAUGGGAUUGCACUCGUGUGCCAAACAUCUGCUCGAACGACUGUUACGCGAUCCAGUGCGCUGGUAAGCCAACGAGACUCCAUCGCGACUCUGCCAACGCUUCGAUCAAUCGUGCCAACACCGCCUGCCGAUCACCCAACCGUUGCGCGGGCAAGCCUGCUGACUCGAAUUCUUGCGACGAGUAUCCUUAUGCCUCGUCACAGGAAGGCGGAGCUGGCAGUGUAACUCGAUGCGUUCCCAGCACAGAAAACUCUCGCCAGGGAGGAACGCUGAGCAGUUUCUAUACCAACAAUGGCGUGAUCGAUCGAGAUGCUUACAAUGUCGCUUUUGCCUCGACGCGGGGACUGCAAUACUGCUCUGGUUCUUGCACCAACACGGGCAACGAGGUCACCAAGCGCAAUCUCGCCAUCGCAACUCAGCACAUUGCCCGUCACUUUCUGACCGAUCAGGGUCACCAACUCACCAUGUUCGAACGAGUGGACAGUCCUGGUUCGCUGGACAGUCUGAUUGGAACGCACGCUUGGCUCGCCCAUGAGGAGCGCAACGUCACUAUUGCCAGCGCUCUUGCUUCUGCUCCGUAA